AUGGAUAGGCUUAAAAAAAUUCGUUCUGAAUUAACAUCAACAUUAUCCUAUGAUGAAAUUAAAGGUACUAUUUUUAAUAAAUCAUUAAAUGAUCAAGAGAUAUUAAAACUUUUAAAUGAUUUAAAAGAUAUUUUUUAUGCAAAUCAUUAUAAUGAAUUAUAUAGACCAAGUACUAAAUUAUUUAAAGAACUUCUGAAACAUUUUGAUAUAUUAACAGUUCUUCUAGAUGUUAAUGAAUAUUCUAUUCAAGUUGCAGCUUUAAAAUGUUUAGAUAGUAUAUUAAUAUCAUGUAGUGUUGCUAAUCCACAAAAAAUAAUAUAUGCAUUAUUAAGAGAAUUUGAUAGAAAUCGUGGUAUAAAAAAUAUUAAAUUAUCAAUUUUACAAAAACAAUCAAAAGGUAUUAUUGAUAUUGUUAUUAAUUUAGUUGAAAAAAAAGAACAAAGAAUUGCUGAUUCAUUAGUUGUAUUUUUGAAAAUAUUUAUUCAAUAUUGUAAGAAAUGUAAGAUACCUGAUAUUGGUGUAAGAUUUAUUCAAUUAGCAGCAACUAUGGAAGAAAUUAUUUUUGAUGGUGGUCACACAGCACGUCAAAUGUUAUAUAUUAUUGAAUAUAUUUAUAAUGAUGUUGAUUAUAUUGAUGAUAUUAUAAAUGAAAUUAUAAAAAAAUCUAUUAUGAUUGAAAAUUAUAAAAUUACAGAACAAAUAGGAAUUAUAUCAAUUUUAAAACAUUGUUGGGAAAAAAUAUUAAAUGAUGAUAGUAUUUAUUUAAAAUUGAAAUGUUCAAUAGAAAAUAUUAUAAUGUUAAUUGGAAAUGAAAGUAAUUUCUUAUCUUUAUGUGUAUUAGAAUUUCUUUUUAAAAUAUUAAAAUAUCCAAUAAAAUUAAGAUGUAUAUUAAAUAUUAAAAUGAAUGAAAAUGAAUAUAUGAAAGAGAUAAAUUAUAUCAAUGAUCCGCUUCAAAAUGAUAGAAAUAAGAAAGAUGAUACAUCUGAAGAAGAAUGGGUACCAAGAAGAUAUUUUUUUUUUUCAAAUAAAACAUCAACUGAAAUUUUUAAUAUUAUCUUUGAUAAAUUAUUUUCAUUUUAUUUAGAUAAACCAAAAGAAAACAUUAAAAUUGCUCAUCAAAUUAUAGCUGUUGGUAUAAUUAAUGAAAUCAUAGAACUUGAAUCAUCAUUAAUUGAAAAUAUAACAAAAGUAAUUGAUAUUAAAUAUAUACAAAAUAUAACAGAUAGUAGUUUUCAAAAAGUUUUAUUAUCAAUGCUCUUAAAAUGUUUUUAUAGUGGUACUAAUUUAAUACUUCCUUCAGAAAUUAAAUAUUUUAUUUUUGAAUUACUACAUAAUGAUAGAACUACAUAUAGAAAUAUUGCUUUAACAUGCCUUACACCAUACACAAACAAAAUAAUUUAUGAUUCUAAACUUUUAGAAGAAAUAAUUAGUUGUUUUGAAAAAUGUGGUAUUGAUGAAAAUUUUAACUUUAAAAAAUGUUGUAUUCAAUUAAUGAGUUCUAUCCCAUGGCAAUACUCACCAAUACAUAUUGCUAAAAUUCAAAGUAAAAAUAGAGAAAUAUUUGCAAAUUUUUUAUUAUCAAAAGAUAAAAAAGUUGUUUAUGAAUGUCAAAAUAAUCUUAAUGAAUUUUUGAAAAAUGGAAGCAAUAAUAUAAAUGGUUCUAAUUUUUUUGAAAUUGAAUUUCCCAAAUCACUUUUAUCACCAUAUCAAAAUAAUUUUUCAAAAACAAUGAAUUUACCAAAGUAUUUUAAUUUUGUAGUUAAACCACUUAAUUCAAAUUUUGCUUCAAAUUUAUUACUUUUAUUAGAAGAAGUUAUUAAUUGUUAUCAUGAAUCAGUAAUAAAUUCAGAAGAUCGAUUAUAUUUAGCACUUUUAUGUAUAAUGAAAGUUGCUCCAAUAUCGCAAUGGAAAGAUGUAUGGAUUCCAUUUUUAAUUGGUAAAAAUCAAUCAAAUAUAUGUAUUUUAUCAUUAAUAAAUGAACAUGUAUUUAAUGAGCAAACACAAUUAUCGCAAUUAUCAGAUAACAUAGAGUUAUCAACAUACAUAUUAGCUGGUAUAUCAGAAACAGAUUUUUAUGAAUGUUUUAUAACAGGAACAAAAUUUAAUUUUGAUAAUAAAUCAACAAUUGGUAAAAUUAUGAAAAAUGAGGAAGCAUGUAAAAUAUCAUUACAAACAAUGAAUUUAUAUUAUACAGCUAUAAUUGCUGCUGCUACAAAUAAACAACUUAUUAAACAAACAAUAUUUGAUAUUAAUUUUAAUACAUCAUCAGUAACAUCUUCAAAUACUUCAAAAAUAAAUACACAAUUUCAAAAAUUAAAUGAUAUUUCAAGAUUUAUAGGUCAUGGAAUAAGAACUAAACUUAAGACAACAUUUUUUGAUUCACAAAAUGAAACCGUAUUACUUAGAAAUUUUUUUGGUGCAUAUGAAAAUUAUUGUACAAAUUUAGACAAUGAUAGUCGUCAAAAAUUUUUAAAUCCACUUUUUAAGGCAAUUGAUUUUAUGAAUUGUUAUCUUGAAUUAGCUUCAUUAGAUAAUUUAUCAUAUAUAAUGGGUGAAUUAUUAAUGUAUAUAAAAAUAUUUAUGUCAAUAUGUCCUUUAGAAUGUAUUACAUUAGCUCAUCAAAUAAUAAAAACAAUGUUUUCAAAAAAUGCUGCUUCAAUGAAAUUAACUGAAUUUCAUCCACCAAUUGAUUAUUUUGGUUUUAAUUUUUUAGAUGAAGAAGGAAUUUAUAUUGAUCAACCAAAAAAUAAAUUUUCUAUCUAUGGAAUGUCAGCACAAAAAGAAGGUAUUUUAGAAUGGAAUCAUUAUGAUGAUCUUGGAUAUUUAAAUGUUAAUUUAUUUGAAACACAGUCAAAAGAAUAUAUUCUUGAUAUAAGUAAUAAAUAUUUAAGAAGUUUAGAUGUAAUAUUUACCAAAGCAUUACAAUUAUUUUUAAUGACGGAAAAUAUUCACUUUAGAGUAUCUGUUAUUAAUUUAAUGAAUCAAUUAGAUCAAGUUGGUUUAGAUUAUAAUCAAGCAGAUAAAUUAUUAAUUGUUUAUAAUUCAAUUUUAAAAUAUUGUGAAAAAGAAUCUACUUGGUGUUCAGAUCUUUCACAACCUAUUCUUGUAUUUCUUACACAUAGAACUAUAUUUACUUGGAAAAUAAAAAGGACAUUUUUAAAAAUAAUGAAUCCAUUUAUAAAAAUUGCUGAAAAUAAGACUGAUUUAAAAACUAUAUCAAAUUUUUUAACAUUACUACCAUUAUUACCACUACCUGAUUCUUUUGAUAUGAUAAUGUUUACAAGACAACAAUGGAGAUUAGACAAAUGGUUAUCAAUAAAACCAAUUGAUACACUUCAUGUUAUGGCUAAAUUUGGUCCAUUACGUCCAUAUUUAUCAAAUGAAUCUUUCAAAGAUUUAGUUAACCAUUUUAAAACUGCAUUUGAAAAAUGUAUUAGAGAUGAUCUUAUAAAAGUAUCUGAUAAAAUAAUUAUGUCAGCAAUAGCUGUUCUAAGAAAUUUAUGGACAGAUGAUUUAGAAGAAUGGUCAUUGAUGAUGAUUCUCAAAUUAGCUAAUGAAAAAAAAUGGUAUUUUGUAUCUAUUUUUGUUUAUGCAUUUAUUUGGUUUGGAAAUGAAAUGAGUAGUAUUGAUAUGACAUUACUUCAAACUGCUGCUGAAGAAUUAGCAUUAAUAAUUAAUGAAGGCUUAAAAAAUAUAAUAUUUAAAACAAAAUGUGGUUCAAUGUCAUUUGAAGAAACAAAAGAAAUAGACUUUUCAUUUAGUGUUAUUUUAUACUCACUAAAUGGUAUUUUUGUUAAUCAAAAAAAAGUAUUUUUUGUAGAACAUAUUUUAAAAGACAUAACUUGUCCAACAAAUGAAGAUAAUAAUAUAUUAUGUGUAUAUACACCUAAAAUUCAUUAUUUAUUAUUCUUACAAUUUUAUGAUAUAUUAAAUGUUAAUAAGUUAACUUUAAAUGAACACAAGAUAUUUAUUGACAAGUUUCAAGUACCAAAUAGUUCAACAAAUUUUAAAAAACUUGUUUAUAUUUUAACAAAAAAAUAUAAUUACCAUUUACCUCAAGUUGAGAUACAAACCAAUCAAAAAAAAUAUAUUUUUGAUGAUGAAGAUAAAAUAGAAAAAUUUCAGUUUUCAGAUAUUAAUAAUAUAAAUUUCAAUGAAUUUGAAGCUAUAUUUAUGACUUUAAAAUUUAUGAAUAAUGAAUUGAUAGAUUUAUUUUAUGAACAAGUUGCUAGUAAUUUAAACAAAAACAAAAUAAAAAAUUUCAUAUCAAUUGGAAUUAAUGUUUUGUUGGGUAAAAUAAAAUCAAAUAAAAAUGAAAAAAGUAAAUUAUUAUUAAUACAAUUUAUUUCAUAUUUUUGGGAAGUAUUUAUUAAUAAAUUGAAAGAAUUAAAAUCAAAUGAUAUUAUACAUUGUUUAUAUGAAUUUGGAAAAACUAUUUAUUUAUAUCCAGUAUUGGUGAAAAAAUGUAUGUAUUUUAACAUGGAUUCCAUUAAAAUUAUAAUUUCUCAUUUUCAUUCAUUUAUUAUUGGCAAGAACUACUUAAAUGAUAUAUUUUUUGAAAGUUUAACUUUCUUCUUUGCUUCUCCAGAUGUGAUGAAUGAAUUUGAGAAUACAUAUUUUUCAUUGGAACAUUCACCUUACUUAGCAUUAGGAAUACUUGUAAAUAAAAUUCAAUCUACAAAUAUAAAUAAAAUUGGAAUAAAUGUUUUAGUUGAAUGUCAUGAUUCAGAGUUAGAAAAUCUUGAAUUUAAUGUAAAAUUAGCUUUUAAUAUAGCAGCAAAUUGUUUUAAUACUUUUAAAGAAUUAGAUGAAAAAGGAAAACUUAGUGAACCAGAAAAAAAAGCAAUAAAAAGUUUACUAAGAUGUAGUGUUAUGUAUGAAUUUUCUUUAGUACCAACAAAUAAUAAAAUUUGUAAUUUUGAACAAAAAGUUACACUAACAAAAGAUAAGAUUUUAUUUAAAUCAAUUAGUAUUCAUAUGUUAAAUAGUAUUGAUGUUGUUACUGAUUUUAGUUCAAGAAUUUCAUGGCUUGGUUGGAAAGAUCGUCGACAAUUUGAAGAUUUUUGGAUGUCAUUAUUUGGUGUAUUAUCAUCUACACCAUGUGGUGAAGAAUUAGAAAGAGGUAAUAAAGAACAUAUUCAAGAACAACUUGCUUCUAGUACAGUAGCUAUUGAUGCAUUAACAAAUAAUUUAUUACAAAGUUUUUUAUUUCCAACACAAGGUGAUACUGUAACAAGUAAAUAUCCAAUAAGAAGCCCUAUAUUAAACAUUGACAAAGACCAAUCUACAUUUUUAAAAGAAGGUAAUUAUAUUAUAGAUAUAUUAUGGAAUAAAACAUUUAAUUUAAUGAAUGGAAUUUAUGUCGACAAGUAUAAUCUUUGUCAAGUUACAUUAUAUCAUAUAUGGGUUGUUACAAAUAUUUUAGAAAAAGGUAAUAUUAAAAAUGAAAAUAAUGAUAAUAAUAUUAUUAAUGAUGAAAUUAUUAUACCACUUCCAAGAAGUAUAAGUAAUUAUAUGUUAAAUAUGGCAGAUGAUUUAGAUACAAAUUCUUCUUUAAAAGCUUUAUUAGAUAAUUUUUCUUAUUGGUUUUCAAAAGGAUCUCAAAAAAUGCCAUUAAAUUUAUUAACAGCAACAAUACGUUCAAUAGUACUUUUAUCAGAUUUAUUUGAUGACGUUAGCACAUAUCGUUCAAUUUAUACACAAUUAAAACCAUUAUUUGAUAUUGAUGAAUAUAAAUCUACUCCCAUAGGAGGUUAUAUAUUAUAUUAUAUAUUAAAAUAUUUUUCAAUUGUUGGAAUAGAAAAUUUUGAUAAAACACAAAGUGAAAAUGAGACAAUAAGUUAUAUAACAAGUAUUGUUGAAAAAGAAAUACAAUCAAAAUGUUUAUUUACAAAAUAUUGUAUAUAUAGUGGUACAAUUUUUUUAUGUCAAUCUUAUACAACAGAUAAAUUAUCAUCACUUAUAGAAAUGAUAUCAGAUAAUUUAUAUAAAGAAGUAACAAAUAAUAUGUUUAAUAAAUUACCUGAAUUUUAUCAAGAAAGAAUUUUUCAAAUGAUAUUUUCUAUACAAAAUAUUGGAUUAGAAACAAAGAUGUUAACAGAACAAAAUACAAUAAAAAUUGUUUUAAAUGCAUUUUAUGAUAAAAAUAUUUCAGUAAAGGUGCUUUAUAAAGUUACCAAUUUAACAAUGUUAUUAAUAUCACAUAAUAGCUUUCUUUCAAAGACACUAAUGAAUAAUUUACAUUUAUAUAUAAGUAAAAUAGAUAAAAAUGUACAUUUUGAAAAAGUAAAAUGUGUAUUGUGUUUAUUUUCAAAAGCAAUAUGUAAAAUAUUGGAUAAUUCACAAUUUACAACAGAACUUGUGAUAAAGUUACAAAAUGUUAUUGAAAUAAUUUUAUCUUAUAUAUGUAAUAUUUAUAAUUAUCAAGAUAUUUUAAUAUUAGGAGAUGGAAUUUUUGAAUUAAGUUGGUUAUUACCAGAUAAAAAUAUGAUAUUAGAUUUAUUAAUUGAUCAAAUUGUUACUUCAAAUGAUAAUGAUAUAGCAUUGAAAAUUUUAUUAAAACUUGUUGGAAAACUUUUUAAUCGUUUAUAUUUAGAAAAUACAAAAUCUGAUGCUCAUAAUAUUUUGCUGUUAAUUGUUUCUACAAUGUCAAAAAUAAAAUUAAUUGAAGAUUUUGAUAAAUCUAUUUAUGUUAUGAGAUGCCUUUUUUGUGCUGGAAAUCCUAAUGAAAUUAUAAGAAAUCAAAUUUAUUGGAAUGUUUAUAAUAUUCAAAAUGUAUCACCUUCAUAUAAAAAAUAUCUUUUUACUUCAAUUUUAAAUGCUUUAGAUGAUGUCAAAAUUGAUAAAACAUUUUUAAUUAAUUCUAUAAAAAGAGUUAUUAAAGAUAAUAGUGAAGAAGGUAUUGAAAUCAAUAGACUUCAUGCAUUCCUUUAA